GGCGGGGCUGCUUUCUGGGGUGGGACUAGGCAAAUGUUACCCUAUGGGGUGGGGUAACUAGAUCCGGUCGCGAGUUGAGGAUAGGUUAUUCCUGUAGGGGCGUGGCUUGUGGGUCCUCGCUUUCCCGCCGACGGUUGGCCACGUCACGUGACAUGGGCUGGAAGAUGGCGUCUCCCACGGACGGGACAGAUUUGGAAGCAUCUUUGUUAAGUUUUGAGAAACUUGACCGUGCCUCGCCAGAUCUUUGGCCUGAGCAAUUACCAGGUGUUGCUGAAUUUGCAGCUUCUUUCAAAAGUCCCAUCACUAGCUCUCCACCCAAAUGGAUGGCUGAAAUAGAACGCGAUGACAUCGAUAUGUUGAAAGAACUGGGGAGCCUCACCACAGCUAAUUUGAUGGAGAAGGUACGAGGCCUCCAGAACCUGGCCUAUCAGCUGGGACUGGAUGAGUGCAAAGACAAGCCAUCUGGAGCCAGAGAGAUGACAAGGGGAAAAUUCCUGAACAUCCUAGAGAAGCCCAAGAAGUAGCAGCUGCUCGUGCAUGGGUGUCCUGAAGACCAUAACCAAGUUCCCUUUCCAGUGUAGCUCUGAUGAUACACACCACAUGCUUGAGAAAGACUGGAGGCUGAACUUCCUUCUCCCCUGCUCCUGGCACUCUGUACCUCUAGGACAUUUGGCAGCCAGAGAAGAAUCUGUUCUACCCAAGGAUCAUUGCCAUUCACCCAGUCGGCUUUGUAGCUGUGGAUAUUGGUAACAUAGAGGUCUAUAAUUCUGGAAGGUCCUUUCCAAAAGUGAUGCAGGAGUCCUGGGAUCUUAUAAUGACUCUGAUUCUGUAAUGGCAAAGUCAGUAUGACGUGGAUUACCGGGUUCUGUUGAGUUGUACUUGAUCUCUUAAGAAGCACUCACCAUGAGGACAUCAAAGACCAACUGCCUUCUGGACCAGACCUGGGAACGGUCUCAGACCUGACCGAGUCUAUGACGUCCACUCAGAAGGAAACUCCUGGGAAUGUAUGCCUGCUUUUGAAGUCUAACCCUCCAGUGACAGUCUCGCCCUAGCACUGCACGUUUCCCACCUCCCAGGCCCACCUUGCAGGUUUAAUCCCAGACCAGUGGAGCGCUUGUGGUGACUGUCUCCUGGGUUAUAUAGAGUGAAAGGCUCGUGCUUGCCACCCUGAGUUCUAGACCUCCAGACUAGCAUGAAGAUAACAGAAGCAACUCCAGUUAGGCUGUUAACAUUUGUAAGUGGAAAAGUAAGUGAGGCCUGGUAGUAGGAGGACGAGGUUGUGAGAGUCCCCAUUUGACUGAAAACAAGAAGCUCUCACUGACUUAGUGUGUGCAAUUGGAUGGCAACAAUGCUCUGCCCCCUUUUUCCUCCUCGGCCACGUAUCAGAUACUUCGCUUAUAUGAUAAAAACACACCCGUAUGAUAGCAUUCUGGCUUAAAUACAGCUCUCACAGAUUUCUUUGCUAGUUGUAUGUGUCUGCCAAAAUCUGAAAACCUUGCCCAUGGGUAAGAUGGAUUAGACCUACUCUUUCACAUUUUGAAAAGCACAGAAAGUUCCCUCAAUAUUAUAGGAAGAAACGCUCUGUGGCCAUCAUCCAGUGGGAGUUUGGACACGGGAGAAUCUGUGGCCAAGUCUGGGGCCGUGUAUCUGUUAGGGCCCAGUAAGUACUCUUGAGGUUCAUAGCAGGCUCCUUGACCAUUCUUGACAUUUGUGCCUAAUGCUAGAAUUGAUGUUGGAUUUUCCCCUUCAUUAGUGCUAUUUGAUCAACACAGUUUUACUUUUUGAAAGGAAAAAGCAAUGAAAUGUGUACCACAGAAGAUAAGUAUGAGAAGAGAAGCUUCUGCUGGAGUACUCCCUAGAAGGGCCAGUUGAUUUUAAGCCUAAGUCUGUGAUUGACUUUUUAUCUCACUAAAUACGGUUAAAGUGGGUGUGUACGAGUGAUCAGAAAAUAAUGCCUAUGUCAAAUUCUUUUCUUCACUCUGUUUUUGAGAGUUGAUGACAUGAGGCACUUUUCAGAGUUUGGGGCCAUUGAGAAGAAUGUGGAGAAUACUGGGAAAGCACCCCCAAACCAACUUGUCUGCAAUGGGAAGCCAGUAGUUGGUGUUUUUAUCUGCUAUGGCCUCCUCCCUCCUCUUUCUGUCAUCCUAUUCACCAGCACUUAAAUUAAUGUAAGUAGAUGUUUUAGAAUUGUGAUAUUUAUUGUUUUUGUAUUUGUCAUCCUUAGAAAUGUUAAUGAUGUAUUUUUAUAUUGAUAAUAUAAAUUUAUGUACAGUA